ACAACUCCCUUCAGUUUGUCACCAACCUGUUUGCCUUGUCAGUUUUUUUUAAGUUGUAGCAGCAAAAAAAUGCUGGCAAUACACAACGCAAUUGGUUUCACUCAGCAGACAGGUCUCUGUCACGUCUUUUUUCUGAUCAGUCGUUCGCCAUAUAAAGGCUGGGACCGACUCGGAGGUCACGUUAAAUCUGAUUCCCCGACUGAGACGAGAGGCGACGUUGACUUCCAGCUUGAGGCAGCUCCAGACAUAAAAUCCACAAAAGUUUUGUGACAGAGAUCAAAGAUGCUUCUGACCAUUCUAAUACAACUCCUCAUCGUCGCAUCGGCCAUGACGACUGCUGGUGCCCAGAGCUCUACUGCUGUCACCACUGCUAGUGACACCACUGCUGUCACCACUUCUGGUGUCACCACUGCUAGUGACACCACUGCUGUCACCACUUCUGGUGUCACCACUGCUAGUGACACCACUGCUGUCACCACUUCUGGUGUCACCACUGCUAGUGACACCACUGCUGGGGUCACCACUGCUGGGGUCACCACUGCUGGGGUCACCACUGCUGGGGUCACCACUGCUGGUGUCACCACUGCUGGUGUGACCACCGCCACUAACGCUGCUGCUGGGAUCUCACACUUGAGCGGUCUGGUGUUGUGUCCCCUCACUGUUGUUCUCUCCAAGUUCCUCUUCACGGUGUGACUCUAAUGUACUGCACUGUUUGUAUCUACCGUUUACAGAAUACAAUCACAGUUACUCACAUGGAAUUUAUUCAGAAUGUUGUUAUGUUGUUGAAUGUUAAAAUAUUCAGAAUGACCCAAUAAUCCCAUUAUGAAGCACCGGUGUUGAUAGGAUUAAAAAUCCAGAUGAUGCAAAGUGUUUUUAAAAAUGAUUUAUUUUUUUAUUCAUUUACUGUCACUAGCUUUAAGGUUACACACUAAUCAUGACUGCGUUUCAUAAGCAAUAUUUUUCAAGACUCCUCCUGCCCAGCUGACUGUUAAUAUGGAUGUUUUUACUUACAUUAACCAAGAUAAAUUUGUGACAGUGUUUUCUAUUGUUGGACAGUGUAUUAUAAUUUAUGUGAUGUAACGAAUCUUCCUUGAGUUGAAGGCCACAGUUUGGACAGAUCAAGAAGUCCUGAUCGUUUAUGGUCAUUAUUGGUUAUUUUACAGAAGACAAAUAAAAUGAUACAGACUCGUAAAAAACCAACCUUGGAAAAAGAUCUUUCAAUCCUUUAGAUAUAUAGUAUAUAAUAUAAGGUCAGGUCAUUCUGUUGAGUUCAAAUAUUUGCAAGUGCAAGCCAUCUUUACACCAGGGGUGACUGAUGUCACGCGACAGUCAUGUGAGACUCGUCAGUCACAGGAAUUUAAGGUGUGAAUGGGUGUGAGACCAAUCGAAGGUGCAUUGUCCUACUGUACGUCAGUGAUCAAUGUGUUACGCGGAGUGAAGAGCAAAGAAAAAGUACUCUCUUUUUUUCCUCU